ACCAAACAAACAUCAAAACACCCAAAACAAAUAGUUGAGCUCUCAACCCUAACAAGAAGCCAAAACUAAUACUGCAAAAAGAGCUCCAUUUCCUCACCAAGACAGAACAAGGUCACAGAAGUUAAAUCGACCGAACCACCCCUCGCCGAUCUCCGUCAACGUAAACAGUAGCCACAUCCGGGAUGAAAGGCCCAUCUCCUGGAUGUAAGUAACAUCCGGGACGAGCCACAAUGUUGGCAAUUCAAUGGAUGUAAGUAACAUUGCUCAACAAAAGAUUUAAUUUCUUUAAUAAAUCCUUACCACCACCACUAAUUUUCCGUCUGUCUUCAUUUGGUGAUGUGAGUUUCUUUAUAACCGUCAAUGAGUCGCCUUCAGAAACAACAUGCAUGAACCCCAAAUCUGCUGCAAAAGUCGUCGCCUGGAUCGCUGCCACAGCCUCCGCCAAAAACGCGUUGGGUAUCUACCUAUUAGGUUGCACACUAGAAGCCAGGACCAGACCGUCAGUAUUUCUAAUGACAUACCAGAGCAUGAUUGUUUAAAGAGGUUCCUUGAAAGUAGCAUCAAAAUGAGGUAUUCUGAUGUUUUUAACGACUUUCAACCACCAAUAUCUGGCUUUAAAUACGGCAAAGGAGGCCACCAAAUUAGUCUCAUCUUUCUCUUCGUCGACGAAACCCCGAUCAUGUCACAGCUUCAGAUUCCUUUAGGGUUUCGAUUUCUUCCCACCAAAGAAGAAAUCUUUUGUGAUUACCUUAAACCAAUCAUCAAUGGCGAUCCCAUACCUUCUGGUGUGCUGAAGGCGCACCAUAUUUAUGGUGCAAAUCGCGAGCCUUGGAAUAUCUUCGACCAAGAUUGGCCAGAGUCUUUCUGGGUUCUCACAAAGUUGAAGAAAAAGAGCAAAUCAAGAAUCGAAAGAACCGCCGGAGAUGGAUGUUGGCUCCAACAGUUUGCCAAAGAAGUGAAGAACAAGGACGACGGCGAAGUCACAGGGUAUGAUAAAUACUUCACAUACACCAGCAAGAAAAACAAGAAAUCAAAUGGUCAAUGGAUUAUGCAUGAGUUCUCUUUGAAAGACCAAGAAGCUGUUGGUUUGAGUGAUUUGGUUAUCUGUGAGAUUAAGAAUAAGGAUGCCGCUGUUGUGAGCUCGGGUUACGAAGAAAGUGAAGGAGAAAUCAAGAAGAACAAGAAACGUAAGUUGAUGGAGGUGCCGUCGGAUUCAACAAAUGAUUUUGCUACCAUGCCCGUGGGGAAUCAGACAUUUGAUUAUAUGGCUCCAGAAGUAGGAGGCUUCUCACCCUUCUCUGCAUGUUUAGACCAACAACCAAACCCUUGGACGUCGGCAGGUGUUGGUGGCAAUCUUGGAGUGCCUGAUUAUAAUUCUCACCAUCUGUAAGAAGCUAAUGAGGCUGGGGACGCCAAUCUUUUCUUCACGUUCCAAGAACUGGACAACAAUUUGAACUCCGAUCAGAGUUGAUGUAAAUGCCUUCAUGUAACUCUACAUAUGAAUAUUAGUGAUGGCUUUUUUCCCGU